AUGAAUUUAGUGAUCACGCUCUCGAAAUCGUUGUAACUACGAUUUGUUUAAGACCGGCAUUUAAUUUGAAAAGUUUAUUUUUCGAUAGAAUUAAUCAUUUUUAACACAACAAAAUGUCGAUUGGAGUACCAAUAAAAGUUUUACAUGAAGCCGAAGGUCAUAUUGUAACAUGUGAAACAAUUACCGGUGAAGUUUAUCGUGGUAAAUUGAUCGAAGCCGAAGAUAAUAUGAAUUGCCAAAUGACACAGAUUACAGUCACAUAUCGUGAUGGAAAAGUUGCACAAUUAGAGAAUGUUUAUGUUCGAGGUUCCAAAAUACGAUUUCUGAUAUUACCGGACAUGUUAAAGAAUGCGCCGAUGUUUAAAAAGCAAACGAAAACGGGAACGGCGGGACGGGGUAAAUCAGCGAUAUUAAGAGCUCAAGCAGCGAGAGGUCGAGGGCGUGGUGGUCCGCAGGGUAGGGGUCGCGGAAAUGCACCUUGGCAGCAACAAGGUUCGAGCAGUUCACAAGGCAGAGGUGGACGAGGUGAUCGAUAGAACUUGUAAAUUUUUAGAUUACAACAUUCUAAGUUUAUUUAAUUUUAGUUUGAUUUAAGUGACGAUCAGAAUUAUGUAUUCAAGAUUCAAAAAGUGAUCUACCCGUACGGAUUAUAAUAGAGGCCUAGCGGGUUGCCCGCCUGUCCUAUUAUGGCCUAUAAUCCCUACGAGAAGUUCUUUAACUGUACAACUGUGUGUACCUAAAGUUACAUUUAUUUUUCAAUUGAGUCUUGUACGGUUGCAGGAAUACUUAAUUCUAAAUUAUUUCCAAAAGUUAUGAUUAAUAGAAUUGAAUGAUUUUUUA